UCUGUCUCAACCACAUUGUUUUUUCAUGCUACAUAAAGCCAACAAACAGCUUCAACAAUAUCAUUGCCAAUUGCAAUCUUUCUCCACUCCUUUUAAAUCCCCAUCUUACCUCUUCUCUCUCUUGGUAAGUUACAUAAAACUUAGAAAACAUUAACAUCUCCCUCUGCCUUCUCUUCCAUAUGGUCAUGGGGGCUCACCGUCGUUUCGAACCAAUUUCGAAAUGUAGCAGCGAGGGAAGAUCAAAUCAGACGGUGGCUGCAGAUUUAGAUGGAACCCUUCUUGUGGCACGAAGUGCUUUCCCUUAUUUCAUGCUUAUUGCUCUUGAAGCUGGCAGCCUUAUAAGAGCAUUUGUUCUCUUAGCAUCGGUUCCAUUUGUGUAUUUUACGUAUUUCUUCAUCUCGGAAUCUGUGGCCAUUAAUACCUUCAUUUUCAUUGCCUUUACCGGGUUAAAAAUGAGAGACAUUGAGCUCGUUUCAAGGUCUGUCUUGCCAAAGUUUUAUGCUGAGGAUGUUCAUCCAGAAACCUGGAGAGUUUUUAGCUCCUUCGGCAAAAGAUACAUUAUUACAGCAAAUCCUAGAAUCAUGGUAGAACCAUUUGUCAAGUCAUUUUUAGGAGCUGACAAGGUUAUUGGAACAGAGCUGGAAGUGACAAAAUCAGGCAGGGCAACUGGGUUUACCAUUAAACCAGGAGUUCUCGUUGGAGAACACAAAAGGGCUGCCGUCUUGAAGGAAUUUGGCACAAAUUUGCCAGAUUUGGGCCUUGGAGACAGAGAAACAGACCAUGAUUUCAUGUCAUUAUGCAAGGAAGGAUACAUGGUGCCAAGAACCAAAUGCGAUCCAUUACCAAGAAACAAGCUUCUAAGCCCUAUCAUAUUUCAUGAAGGACGCCUGGUCCAAAGACCUACCCCCUUGGCUGCCCUCUUGACCUUACUGUGGCUUCCUAUUGGCUUCAUCCUCUCCCUAUUAAGGGUCUAUCUCAACAUCCCUUUGCCAGAACGAAUUGCCCGAUACAAUUACAAGAUCCUGGGAAUCAAACUGAUUGUUAAGGGUACCCCUCCACCCGCACCUAAGAAAGGCCAAAGUGGAGUCCUCUUUGUUUGUAACCAUAGAACAGUCUUAGACCCAGUUGUGACAGCGGUUGCCUUGGGAAGAAAAAUUAGUUGUGUUACUUAUAGUAUUAGCAAAUUCACAGAAAUUAUUUCCCCCAUUAGAGCUGUUGCAUUAUCAAGAGAAAGGGAGAAAGAUGCAGCUAACAUCAAGCGCCUUCUCCAAGAAGGUGACUUGGUAAUAUGUCCCGAAGGGACAACCUGCCGAGAACCAUUUCUGCUGAGAUUCAGUGCACUGUUUGCUGAACUCACAGACAGAAUUGUGCCGGUCGCAAUCAACACAAAACAAACAGUUUUUCACGGAACAACUGUUCGAGGGCACAAAUUGUUGGAUCCUUACUUCGUUUUCAUGAACCCAAUGCCAACUUAUGAGAUCACCUUCUUGAACCAGCUGCCUACAGAGCUCACUUGCAAAGGUGGAAAAUCAGCCAUUGAAGUUGCAAAUUACAUACAAAGGGUGCUGGCGGGGACAUUGGGGUUCGAGUGCACUAACUUGACCAGGAAGGACAAGUAUGCUAUGCUUGCAGGAACAGAUGGUCGUGUUCCAUCCAAGAAGGAAAAAGAACAUGAAAAGGAAAAGGCUUAAGG